AUCUCAGCACGAUUUCAUGCUGAAAGCUGGCUCCUUUAUAAAAUUGUGUCGGCUUUGGUAAAUGAAAUAUUUAUACCCCUGCAAAAAUAACCUGAACACUUUCUUCCUCGGUGCCUCUCCUCAGACUGCUGCGCAUCUAAACAGGCCUGGCAGCGUGUGUCACACUGGAUGAAACUACGGUUUACAAUCUCAGUCUCAGUCAUACACAAUGCUCAAACACGCGUUAUGAUACAGCUUUAGCACCAAAACAAAAAUAAACCCUUCAUGCACCAACUCAGAGCUGCCAUAGUCUCGUUAACGUAUUCCCACUGAACUAUUACAUAACAGCUCAACAUCAAUGAGUUUACCACGGACAAGGGUUACGAUGUGCAGCACAGACAUUUAUUUCGCUGUCAAACAAUACUCAUGGAUACACAAAUACUGUUAAGUGUGGAAAGUCCCCUGGUUAAUGUUAUCACUCAGCGUGGGAAAUCCAUGGAUAUCCACAAACACUGCAGCAGACCAAUUCAACACACUGUAACGUUACAUGCUCGUUUCACUGAGCUAACUAGCUGAGUAAUGUUGUGGGUUAAAGUGCUUCGAAAUCAUUUAAGACGCGAGGCGCUAACUAGUAAACGUUACUCAGUAACUAAUAACGCUUUCGGACCUGUCCUAACUCUGCUGUUAGCUAACUCUGCUUAGUUAACUGACGUUAACGUUAGCGUAGCAACUGUUAGCUAAAGCUGGCGUUACCUAGCCUGUUAAGUAGCCAACGAAACCUGCAAGAUAGUUUAAAUGAAUGAGUAAAGUUGAAGGGUUUAGCAAAGCAAACCUGCUUUUAGUACACUCACGAUGGCUAAAACUGUCUAUUUACGCAGCUGUCACGAACAUACAAUAGAGAUCGGAAAUGUUAAGAUUUGCAUCUGGAAGACGCAUCAUUUCUGGGGUUUCAGUAUGGAGGUAUCCACAGCAGAUAAAGAGAGCAACAAACUACUCCACAGAAGCUCAGCUGCUGUUUCACUCUCAGGGCUCCUCAGUGUUAAAGCCAUCUAGAGUAGCUUCCACCAACAGGCUGCUAAGCAUCAGGCCCGUGAGCUGGCAUGCUUCCCGUCUCUGUCAUGGAGAUUCAGCAGGCACCUCAGACAGAGGAAACACCAAGGAGGGCUUCAGUUUAAGGGCCCUCUCUCAGGCUCCCAAACCAGCUCUCUACCUCGGUUUCUCUGGGCUCAUCCCCUUCUUGUCCGCCCCUCUCCUGAUGGCUGCCACACAGUCCUUCUACCCUGAAGUGGCAUAUGCUCAAGUCGUCUACGGAGCCUCGAUAGUCUCCUUCCUUGGAGGUGCCCGCUGGGGGUUUGCCAUCCCUCCUGGCAGUCCUGCUCAGCCAGACUGGAUGAACUUAGGCAACAGUGUGGUACCUUCACUUCUGGCCUGGCUAGCACUGGUCUGCAGGGACAAUAUUGCAGAGGGAGCCCUGGUGGUCAUCAUGGGUCUGGGUCUGUCACUGCAUUACGACCUUACCCUGCUGCCUGGCUACCCUGCCUGGUUCAAAGCCAUGCGAACUGUUCUCACUCUGGUCGCAACUUUCUCACUGGUGGCUACACUGACAAUUAAAAAUUUCUGUACUGAGAAGAAGAUCAAAGAUAUUCAGAAAUGAUUUAAGAGAACAGUUGUACUUUGAUUCAUGUAGACUUAAUAAAAGUGUAAAAUUAA